AUGCCGUUUUCUUUCCCAGAUGAUUACGGCUAUGUGGUGCUUGCGCACUGCAUGUCCUGGAUCUCCAACAUGUACCUGACGAUCAACGUGGUGAAGGCCCGAAAGAAGUACGGAGUCAAGUACCCAGCCCUCUACGCACCUGACAGCCACCCAAACGCUGAGAGUUUCAACAGCGUGCAGCGAGCUCAUCAGAACACGCUCGAAAAUUGGGCACCGGUACAAAUCUUGAUGGCCUUCAACGGCCUUGCGCAUCCUAAGUUUGCAGCUUCUUGCGGCAUGAUCUGGGCAUUCGGCCGCAUCGUUUACGGCUACGGCUAUGCCAAGGGCGGACCAGAAGGACGCAUGGUGGGAGGAAUGCUAUCUCACCUUGGUGACCUCCCUCUCUUGAUUGGUGGCUUUGUGACCGCGUAUGGGAUGAUCACUUCCCAGGGCGCAUCAUGA